AUGGUUCAAACCGCCCCUGCUUUGCAAUUAAACACAGGCGCUCUGCUCCCAGCAAUUGGCUUGGGAACAUGGAAGUCAGGUGAAGAGGACACCUAUAAUGCUGUCAAGUCGGCAAUUGCUGCGGGAUACAGACAUAUCGAUACCGCAGCUAUCUAUGGAAAUGAAAGUGCUGUCGGCAGAGCUAUUAGAGAUUCGGGAGUUCCAAGAGAAGACCUAUGGAUUACCACGAAAUUGUUCUCUACUCAGCACAGAAAUCCAAAAGAGGGUCUGGAAGGCUCUUUGGAAAGACUUGGUUUGGACUACGUGGACCUCUACUUGAUGCACUGGCCAGUGGCUCUAAAAGCUGACAAAUUAGCCACUGGCCACUGGUUUUCCAUCCCGCUACUGCCAGAUGGUAGACGUGAUAUCGAUGUGGAAGACUGGGACUUCGUCAAGACCUGGAGGCUAAUGCAAGAGCUGCCUAAGUCAGGAAAAUGUAGAAAUAUUGGUGUUUCCAACUUCUCGAUCAACAACUUGAAGAAGCUUUCGGAUUCCGAGGAUAAGCUGGUUGUGCCAGCAGUCAACCAGAUAGAGAUCCACCCACAGCUACCUCAGACCGAGCUCAUUGAUUUCUGCAAGGCCCGUGGUAUAGUCAUUGAGGCCUAUUCGCCUUUGGGGUCGUCUGAUUCUGCCAUGCUAACCCACCCAGUGCUUGUUGAUCUCGCUAAAAAAUAUGAUGCACAACCUGCUAAUGUCCUCAUCAACUGGGGUCUUUCCCGCGGAUAUUGUGUUCUUCCAAAGUCAAUAAAUGCUGAGCGCAUUAAAUCGAAUUUCAGACAAAUCACUGUAUCUGAUGAAGACAUCGAGCUUGUGACACACCUAAUUGACGAGGUAGGAGCCAAGAGAUACGUUCAACCUGACUGGAGACCAUGGCCAAUUUUCGAAUAA